UUGAUCAGCGUUAACCGUGAUCGAUAUUUGCCUUUUAAGGGUUUUUGGAAGAAAUAUGGCGAAUAUAGUGAACAACCAAUAAUUAAUUUUAAAAAUCGUUUUUUUGUUAUUCUUAACGGUGCGCAAGAAGAAAAUUAUCGUGUUUGGAGUACCUAUACAUUAAUCAAUCAGGCUGAAGCAGGUCACUUGAGGAUACCGGUAACCGAAGUUACUGCUUUAGAUGAUAACGAUGACGGUCUAAAUGAUAAGAUGGAAGUGGCGCUGAUGUCUGAAGUAAAAAGUCAAGCGAAUGCAACUCGUCUAGAUAUUUUUGGUAGUUUAUACUUGGAUCAAUUGGUACCAUUGCCCAGCCAGGGUACAUUCAACAAUUUUGAUGGCAAUCUAAUGAAUGAAUCAUCGACAGAUAUUACGCAUUAUCUGCAAAGGAAUAUUCGGAUGCGCUAUAGUUUACGUAAUUUUACUACGCAUCUGAAGAGAAAAGUUGUCAUUUGGUCUUCGCCUUCAGUGUCAUCAACAGCAUCUUCAUCAUCAGAAGAAGGGACAAGAGGGUUUACCUUUUACUUAGAAGUAAAUAUUCCUGAACAACGGUUAAUCUAUAGAACAGGGCUAUUUGAACUAUUAAAAUGGGCAUGGAUUCAAUACCUCAGUUUAUUUUUUGUACUUAAUUUUAUUGUUCAAAAAAUUUUUGCUUUUGUUAUUGAAAAUCGUAUCUUACCGACUGCUGCUGUGGACAGAUAUUUGGCUGCCAAAUGA